AUGCUCGCUACCUCCCUCUACACCGUUCUCGCCAUCACUUUCGGCGCGGCCACCGUCGCUGCCGACGUAACCCUGACCAAGAAUGGCUGCAUCGACCCGUCAAGCUUCGAGUCGUGCCAGGCCGCGGCCAACAAGAAGACGAGCGCUUGCAUUGCACAGGCGAAAAAGGACGGCAGCCAGCAGGAGCUGCUCGCCUGUGGAUGCCAGGACUCGGUCGAUAACUUCAACUGCUACGCCGCCUCCUGCUGGAACCAGGUUUGGGGAUGCCAGUACCAGGAGUACAUAGUCCAGUACUUUCGCGGCUGUCCCAUCGCCAAGCAGCCGGUGCCCUACUUUCCCGCGCCGAACAAUGCCCCGGCCGCGUGCUCGUGCAACCUAGGCAAGAUCUUCUUUGCUUACAACGGCGCCAUCCAGCAGGCUGCGCAGUGCGUGCACAAUCAAAACUCGGGCGAUGCCGGUGCCAAUCUGCAGGUCAUGCAGGGUUGCAACUGCUGCCAGAUCAGCGGAGCGAUGUCCAGCUUCUUCGAAAUCUGCCCAAACACAGACCCCAAGCUCCUCGGUCUCAACAACAUCGGCCAGCUGCAAACCGCAGCCAACACCCAGUUCUCCAGCUGCGGCAAAUAUCUCAACACCUACGACUGUGCCAAGGACCUCGGCUUCAAACUUGACGGCGUCAGCACGUACCUCAAGCCCGAUGACCAGCUCACAACCGGCACAGCCACCAUCAGCAACGUACCGGGUACGGUUACGGCGCCGGCUUCGGGUCGCGUCUUCACUUAUACCAACGGCGGUGAUGGCACCGUUUACACCAUCACGGCUGCGGGUAAGUUCAGCGACUCGGGGAGCGGAUCGGGCUCCCCGCCGGGCUCGGGAUCGGGAUCUGAUAGCGCUUCUGGCAGCGCCAAUCCAAGCCAAACGAGCAAGCCCAAGAGCGCGGGCACGGCAAUUUCUGUGAGCGGCCUCUCCGCCGUAGCUGCGGCUUUGUGCGCUGUUGCUCUCCUGUAG